GGGCCUGAGGUGCUCGCUCCCGUGCCCGGGGCGCCGCGUCGUCCUCCGCGUCGGGUCCAGCCCGCGCCUUUCUCGCGAGCCGGCCUCGGGUCGCGCGUGCGAGGCCGCCAGCCCCGCGCCGAGGACAGGCGGGGUAGCGGGGAGAAAGCACGUGCUGUAGCGUGGCGGAGGCCGAGGACGCGCCUGUCCCCGCCGCGCCGCGCCGCGCCGCCCCGGGUCCAGUCCACGGCAGGUGCCGCGCGGCGGGCUCCGGGCCCCUCGGGGGCUCCAGCGACCCGGGCCUCGGGGCCGGCUCCGCGUCGCUGGCUGGCGUCGCUUUUGGCCGUGCCCUCCUGCGCAGAGUGCGACUUCCCGGCUUCGCCGCUGGCCCGCGGAGGAGGAGACUCGGCGUCAUGUCCCCGGCGCUGCCCGCGCUGACGCCUUCCGCAAGUGUGAAGAAAAGCCUGCAGGAUGAGAUUGAAGCCAUUCUGCGGGAGAGGAUUAUGGUACUGGAUGGAGGGAUGGGGACCAUGAUCCAGAGGCACAAGCUGAGUGAAGAAGACUUCCGAGGUCACGAAUUUCAAGAUCAUGCCAGGUCACUGAAAGGCAACAAUGACAUUUUAAGUAUAACUCAACCCAAUGUCAUUUACCAAAUCCAUAAGAACCACAACUUGGACUCUGCCCAGGGAAACGUUUGUGGGAGCUGGCCUCAAGGAGGACAGGAUUACUUGCUGGCCGGGGCAGAUAUCAUUGAAACAAAUACUUUUAGUAGCACUAAUGUUGCCCAAGCUGACUAUGGCCUCGAACACUUGGCCUACCAGAUGAACAAGUGCUCUGCAGGAGUGGCCAGAAAAGCAGCCGAGGAGGUAUCUUUCCAGACGGGAAUUAAGAGAUUUGUGGCAGGAGCACUGGGUCCAACUAAUAAGACACUGUCUGUGUCCCCGUCGGUGGAAAAACCAGAUUAUAGGAAUAUUACAUUCGAUGAGCUUGUUGAAGCAUACAAAGAGCAGGCCAAAGGGCUCCUGGAUGGUGGAGUUGAUAUCUUACUCAUUGAAACUAUUUUUGAUACUGCCAAUGCCAAGGCAGCCUUGUUUGCACUCCAAACACUUUUUGAAGAGGAGUAUUCCCCCAGGCCUAUCUUCAUUUCGGGGACAAUUAUUGAUAAAAGUGGGCGAACUCUUUCUGGACAGACAGGAGAGGCAUUUGUCAUCAGUGUGUCUCAUGCAAGCCCACUCUGUAUCGGAUUAAACUGUGCUCUGGGUGCGGCUGAAAUGAGACCUUUUAUUGAAACAAUUGGAAAAUGUACAACAGCCUAUGUCCUCUGUUAUCCCAAUGCAGGUCUUCCCAACACAUUUGGUGACUACGAUGAAACUCCGCAAAUGAUGGCCAUGCAGCUAAAGGACUUUGCUAUGGAUGGCUUGGUCAAUAUAGUUGGUGGUUGCUGUGGUACGUCACCAGAUCAUAUCAGGGAGAUUGCUAAAGCUGUGAAAAACUGUAAGCCUAGAGUUCCACCAGCCACUGUUUUUGAGGAGCAUAUGUUACUAUCUGGUCUAGAACCCUUCAGGAUUGGACCGUACACCAACUUUGUUAACAUUGGAGAGCGCUGUAACGUGGCAGGAUCCAGGAAGUUUGCUAAACUCGUCAUGGCAGGAAACUAUGAAGAAGCACUGAGUGUUGCCAAAGCACAGGUGGAAAUGGGAGCGCAGGUGUUGGAUAUCAACAUGGAUGAUGGCAUGCUUGAUGGUCCGAGUGCCAUGACCAAAUUUUGCAACUUUAUCGCUUCGGAGCCUGACAUUGCCAAGGUGCCCCUGUGCAUUGACUCUUCCAAUUUUGCUGUGAUUGAAGCUGGCUUGAAGUGCUGCCAGGGAAAAUGCAUUGUCAACAGCAUUAGUCUGAAGGAGGGAGAGGAUGACUUCUUGGAGAAGGCUAGGAAGAUUAAGAAGUUUGGAGCUGCUGUGGUGGUCAUGGCUUUUGAUGAAGAAGGGCAGGCGACAGAAACAGACACAAAAAUCAGAGUGUGCAUCCGGGCCUACCAUCUACUUGUGAAUAAACUGGGCUUUAAUCCAAAUGACAUCAUCUUUGACCCCAAUAUCCUCACCAUUGGCACUGGGAUGGAAGAGCACAACUUGUAUGCUGUUAAUUUUAUUCACGCAACAAAAAUCAUUAAAGAAACAUUACCUGGAGUCAGAGUAAGUGGCGGUCUUUCCAACUUGUCCUUCUCCUUUCGCGGCAUGGAAGCCAUUCGAGAAGCAAUGCAUGGUGUUUUCCUUUACCAUGCAAUCAAGUUUGGUAUGGACAUGGGGAUAGUGAAUGCCGGAAGCCUCCCCGUCUAUGACGACAUCCAUAAGGAACUCCUCCAGCUCUGUGAAGACCUCAUCUGGAAUAAAGACCCUGAGGCUACGGAGAAGCUCCUACGCUAUGCUCAGACUCACGGCAAAGGAGGGAAGAAAGUCAUCCAGACUGAUGAGUGGAGGAAUGGCCCCAUUGAAGAGCGCCUUGAGUACGCCCUCGUGAAGGGUAUUGAAAAACAUAUUAUUGAGGACACUGAGGAAGCCAGGUUAAACCAGGAAAAAUAUCCCCGGCCUCUGAAUAUCAUUGAAGGGCCUCUGAUGAAUGGCAUGAAAGUUGUUGGUGACCUUUUUGGAGCUGGAAAAAUGUUUCUGCCUCAGGUUAUAAAAUCAGCUCGAGUCAUGAAGAAGGCUGUUGGCCACCUUAUUCCUUUCAUGGAAGAAGAAAGAGAAAAAAAUAAGACGCAUGCUGGCACAAUGGAAGAAGAGGACCCAUACCAGGGCACCAUUGUGCUGGCCACUGUGAAAGGUGAUGUGCACGAUAUAGGCAAGAACAUAGUUGGUGUCGUCCUUGGCUGCAAUAAUUUUAGAGUUAUUGACUUAGGAGUCAUGACUCCCUGUGAUAAGAUUCUGAAAGCUGCUCUUGACCACAAAGCAGAUAUAAUUGGCCUAUCAGGACUUAUCACUCCUUCCCUGGAUGAAAUGAUUUUUGUUGCCAAGGAAAUGGAGAGACUGGCUAUAAAGAUUCCACUGCUGAUUGGAGGAGCCACCACAUCAAGAACCCAUACAGCAGUGAAAAUAGCUCCAAGAUACAGCGCGCCUGUAAUCCAUGUCCUGGAUGCAUCCAAGAGUGUGGUGGUGUGCUCGCAACUAUUAGAUGAGAAUCUAAAGGAUGAAUAUUUUGAGGAGAUCAUGGAAGAGUAUGAAGAUAUUAGACAGGACCAUUACGAAUCUCUCAAGGAGAGAAGAUAUUUAACCUUAAGUCAAGCUAGAAAAAAUGGUUUCCAUAUUGACUGGCUGUCAGAGCCGCCUCCAGUGAAGCCCACGUUCCUUGGGACUCGAGUCUUUGAAGACUACGACCUGCAAAAGCUGGUGGCCUACAUCGACUGGAAACCCUUCUUUGAUGUCUGGCAGCUCCGGGGCAAAUACCCGAAUCGAAGCUUUCCCAAGAUAUUUAAGGACAAAGCUGUAGGCGAAGAGGCCAAAAAAGUCUAUGAUGAUGCCCAAAACAUGCUGAAAGUGCUCAUCAGUCAGAAGAAGCUGCAAGCCAGGGGUGUGGUAGGGUUUUGGCCAGCGCAGAGUGUGCAAGACGACAUUCACCUGUACGCAGAGGAUGCAGCGCCGCAGGCCGCAGAGCCCAUAGCCACCUUCCAUGGGCUAAGGCAGCAGGCCGAGAAGGACUCUGCCAGCACAGACCCCUACCACUGCCUCUCCGACUUCAUUGCUCCCCUGCAUUCGGGCGUCCGCGACUACCUGGGCCUCUUUGCCGUUGCCUGCUUUGGGGUGGAAGAGCUGAGCAAGGCCUAUGAGCAGGAGUGUGAUGACUACAGCAGCAUCAUGGUCAAGGCUCUGGGAGACCGGCUGGCUGAGGCCUUUGCGGAGGAGCUCCACGAGCGGGUCCGCAGGGAGCUGUGGGCGUACUGCAGCUGUGAGCAGCUGGAUGUUGUGGACCUGCGGAGGCUGCGCUACGAAGGCAUCCGCCCGGCCCCCGGCUACCCCAGCCAGCCUGACCACAGCGAGAAGCUCACCAUGUGGAAGCUCGCCAACGUGGAACAGUGCACAGGCAUUAGGUUAACAGAAUCCUUAGCAAUGGCACCUGCUUCAGCAGUAUCCGGCCUUUACUUCUCCAAUUUGAAGUCCAAAUACUUUGCAGUGGGGAAGAUUUCCAAGGACCAGAUUGAAGAUUAUGCUCUGAGGAAGAACAUGUCUGUGGCUGAGGUUGAGAAAUGGCUGGGACCCAUUCUGGGAUAUGAUACAGAGUAACUUUUUGUUUUAAUCCCUUUCUGUUAUCCUCAAGGAUCCCUGAAAAAUAUAGUCUAGAGUGCCUUUUAAAAUUAACAGCAGUAACAGCAACAUGCAAGCCCGGCCGUACCUCGUUGACAUUUGCUCUGCGUCAGGCUUUGGAAGACUGUCCAGUGGAACCCUGUACAGGAGCAGAGCUUUCCUAUGUCCUUGGAAAGCAAGUGGCUCCUUUCUAGAGAACCUCAAAUGAAGAGCAGUAACCCCCACUCUGGUGGUUUUCCACUCCAAGCUGGAGAUGGAGGUCUUUUGCAUUUCAAAGCAAGUCAACUUGCGUUUUUCACUUUUACUUCUGGUCCAGGAGGUCACCUAUUUUUUUUUUUUUUUCUUUCUCUUGCUCCCUUAGAAAAAAGCCUGGAACUUAGCUGAAUAGAGAGAUGUAUCGAAAAAUGUGGCCCUGUGGCAAAAGUCACACUGUGCAAAAUGGGGCAUUUUCAUCUAAAUGGUUACAACAGCAGACUCUGCCAGGGAAGAAAGUAUAACUCUACUGUCCCUCUGGAAGACCUCAUUUUCUAAAGUCUCCAUCACAUGGUUGCAGAAGGCCUGCUCUCACUGUUGAUGGUUCAGAAAUGCCCAAGCUGUUUGCCCUAGUGUGGUAGAACACAGUGGUAUUCUAGUUUUCACAUUCCCUGCCCUGAGCGGAAGCAAGGAGGUGGGGCGAGAAAGUGGCUGCUGAUGGUAGUUAGCAUUGUUUAGCUGUUUUCUGGAGUUGAGAAACUCUCAAAUGAGCUGUGGUGUCCUGUGCAGAGUUGGGCAGAUGAGCAGCGUUGAUUCCACUUAAUUCUCCUAUUUCUGCACCAACCCAACUCCUACAGUGUAGGAAUGGCACAUUGACUUGCUUUUAGUUAUUUUGGGGGAAAUGGUUAAGAACAUGGGCUUUGAGGUCAAACCUACCUGGAUUUACAUUUCACCUUUGCCACUUACUUGCUGUGUGACAUGGGCAGAUCGCUUACACUCUCCAACACUAUCCUCCCGUCUGUGAAAUUGGGGCAGUGAUACCAGUUCCUCUGCCAUGGACCUAAAGGGCAGAUAAAUAAGAGUUGCAUGUAGGGCAUGUAGUAUAGGAUCUGGUGCACAGGACAUGCUUGCUAAAUGGUAGCUUCUGUGGAGCUCAGUGGGUAGUGCCUCCAGCUCAGCACAUGGGAAGCCUUCCUGGCAAGGGAAGAGAUGAAUGGAGACUGUGAGAAGAUACCAGGGAAAUGCAGGUGAUGACUGGAUCAACUGCACGAGGCGCUCUUUCUGGAGUAGACCCCCAUUUACCCUCUGACUGGGCAGGGAAGCUACUUGUGUCAUCUGAACCAUUAGUGCUCAUCUGCGUGACAGGCCUCGCCCUCGGUUCCCGUGGUGUAAGCUGGCCUUGCUUUUCAAAGCAGUUGUAGCAGAUGAACAUUCAAGUGCCUUGGAGGCAGAGGGAGAAAACAUUCAGAAAAAGAACCAUCUGCAUUUGCAGUGGACGUACCGAGUAAUGCACCUGUUCAGCCAUCGCUUGCCGUCGGAAUGAAGACAGCCAUGUGCUUUGUGAGGUACAGUUAGCUCAUGUAUGAGUAAGAAUGGGACUCGAUUUCCCAAGAUACUUAGAAGACUUCUUUCUAUAGCAGGUGGUAAAUUCUUCUGUGAGAAAGAGUAACCUUCUCUAAAUAUUUGAGUGUAUCUUGUCAGGAUUACAGUUGCUAAGAGUCUCCUGAUUUCAUUAAGUAUUCACUAUCUCUUCCCUCAGCUGAGUACGUGAUAGAGUGGCUUCCUUAACCGUAAUUAUGUCCUCCCUGCACUCAGCUGAACUCACAUAGUCUGUUUUUGUUUCUCUCUGGCAUGCCUUUGCAGAUACCAGGUAUCUGCUGUGUCCUACACCUUCUCCCCCGUACUAUCCUGAACCCCGUGAAGUUAGUUUUUUACCUGCCUCUUCUGAUGUCAGUGACCUCUCGAGGUUAGGUCCAGGGAUCGUCAUCUGCAUGGGCUUGGACAAUAUAGACCACUUCUUUGAAACUCUCAUUUACCUGCUUCCCUCUUGGCUCACUCUCUGGCUGUCCUGUGUUUUUGAUAAUUUCUCAGCCAUUUUCAUAGAUUUUUAUCUCCCUCCUCCCAUUUAGAUCCUGGUGUUCUCGGGCAGCCCGGGUGGCUCAGCGGUUUAGCACCGCCUUCAGCCCAGGGUGUGAUCCUGGAGACCUGGGAUCGAGUCCGGCAUCAGGCUCCUGGCAGGGAGCCUGCUUCUUCCUCUGCCUGUGUCUCUGCCUCUCUCUCUCUCUCUCUCUCUCUCUCUCUCUCUGUCUCUCGUGAAUAAAUAAAUAAAAUCUUUAAAAAAAAAAAAAAAAGAUCCUGGUGUCCUCAAGGGCCUGUCAUUUAGUGGCCUCCUUAGUGUCUGUCAUUUCAGUGGGCAGUCUCACUGAGCCAAUAUCCCCAUCUCAGCUAUGUCUUGAGGAGCACAGCAUACACCAGCAGCCCCUGCCAGGAAGAUAGAUGAACAUCUCAGACCUAGUAUAUCUUGUCUCAUUCCUCUCAAAUCGUGAAAUUCAGUCAUGAUGAAUGGUGCCACCAUGCCAGCGUCAGAUCUCACACUCAGCCUGGAUCAUCUUUGGCUUAGAUUCUUACGGUUACCUGAAAAGUUAGCAUAUGAAAGACACACUUAGCCUACUAUAGUUGGGAUGGUGGUAGAGAUAUUUCAGGAAGGCAAUGCUUAGAUGAAGGCCUGACUUGAGACUUGAGGAUUAAGGUGAAGAAGCAAGAUAAGAACAAAUGAAGAGCUAUUUUUGUUCAUGAACAAGAAUAUUAAGGAUCGUACCUCCCCAAAUUGAUAUAUGGAUUCAGUGCCAUUUCCAACAGAAAUUACAAUAGAGGUUUUAUUCAAUGUGACAAGCAGAUAUUUAAAUUUAUAUGGAAAAGCGAAGGACUGGGAAUGACUGAGUGCUUCCAAAUGUGAAGAGGUUACAAGGUAGUAAUUUCUGUUGUAUGUGGUACAGAGGUAGGAAUUCUGAGCAGUGCCAUGAAACGAGGAGCCUGCAGAAUAACCAGUGCAUGCUUUGACCUUUAAGAACGGCAGAGGUGGCAUGGUGCAUCCAGGAGGACGGGCAAGGUGACCCCAUAUGUGGUGCCGGAACAAUGUGUAUUCAAAGGGAAAAGGUGAAAUUUGAUUUCUGCCUCACGUGUUAAUCCAACAGUCAGUUCCAAAUAUAUUAAGUUCUUAAAUACAAAAAAAAAAAUUUUUUUCCCCUCAUGGACAAGCCUUAGAGCAGGAAAGAAUCCCUCGAGACAGAAAGGACUAAUCAUAAAAGAAAAGAUGAUUAGACCAGCUGUUUUUUAAGACUGAUGUUAAGCUAAUAAACAAUUUAAGGCAGCAAAAAUACAAGCCAUGACUUGAGAUAUUUGUAAUACACUUAAUUGACAAAGGGUUAGUAAGCAGAAUAGGUUUAAGAAAAAAUAACUCUGGACAGAAUUAGACUGGAAAAGGCAUUUCACAGAAGAGGAAAUACACAUGGCUUAUAAAAAAGGUGUUUGACAGCAUUGGCAAUCAGGGAAAUAUGAAUUGAGACCACAGUGAGAUCCUAUUUUACAUCUGUAAGUUUUGCAGAAAUUAAGGAGCUUGACGAGAUGGAUCCCAAAGAAGUCUGUGAGGACUUGCAUGAUACGGGCAUGUGAACAGACACCUCUGCUUCAGAAAACAACUCCACCUCCCAAAGUUGAACUCUUGCAUACCUUGGGAUCUGGCUUACCACUCGGACUCCCGCUUGAGUAUCUAACAACCUUGCACACGUGUACCAGGAGGUGUGGGUAACAAUGUUCAUUGUAACAUCUUCAUAAUAGUCAAAAACCGGAAAACCCGAAAUGUCCAUCUGUCUGUAGGAGAAUGGAUAGAUAGGUAUAUUCCACGCUAACGGGCAUUAUUCAGGAGUGGAAAUGAAUGGACUGCAGCUGUACUGGACGAUAAGAAUGAAUCUCAGGAAAUACAAGAACUAAACCAGGCUCCAGGAGAGCAUGUGCUAUGAUGCUAUUUUUAUUGAGCUCAUAAACAAGCAAAACCAAAGAAUAUAUUGUCUAGCCAUAUGUAAACCGUAAAACUAUGUUGUAAGAAAAAGAAGCAACAAUAAACCAAAAUUUAGUAGAGUAAUUAACCCUGAUAAGGUUAAUUACUGAGCAGAUCGUAGAGGAACACAUAGGUGGAUGCAGGUUAUUAGUAAUACUCUGGCUCUUGGGCUGUAUGAUAGGUUUAUGGCUAUUUGUUAUAUUAUGCUUUAUAACAGGGUCAUACCUAUUAUUACAUGUAUUUAAUGUCUGUAUUAAGUAUAUUUUAAAUAAAGAAUAAUUAGCAAAAA